AUGGCGACAUCUGCAAGCGACAAUCGCGACUUGAACAAACAAGUCUCCACAUCAACUGAACUCGAGCAAUGGACUACAGCCAGCAACGGAUUUUCCGAGACCCCAUCACCUCGCGCUCCGCUUAGCCCGCGAAGGCCGGGCCUAUCUCAGCAACGAUUCCAGGAUGAAGAUGUUUCCGAGGCCCAACAAGACAGCCAGACACGCAGAUCCGUCCUUUUCCUAUGGAUUUGGGAGAUUCUAUCCCUCGUCCUUGCCCCAUGUCUCUUGGUCGUGACCAUCACGGUUAUCCUCGGCCAAGAUGAUCAUCCCCUUAGAGACUGGCCCUUGGAUCGGAUCAUAACCCUGAAUUCUCUUGUCAAUUUGCUCUCCACCAUAUUUCGGGGGAUUUUAGUAUCUAUUGCAACCGAGCUCAUCGCACAGGCGAAGUGGAUGUGGUUCUGGUGCGACAAAUCUUCCCAACGCCGGAUGGGAAACCUACAGCAUUUCGAUGACGGUACUCGUGGCGUCUGGGGGGCGCUGAAGUUGAUGAGAAUUGUCACUUGGCGCAGCCCAUCGAUUCUCGUCGCUGUAGUUGUCCUCGUAUCGUCCUUUGCUAUUGGACCCUUCGUUCAGCAAUCUAUCGGGCACGUCGACAAGAACGAAACUCUUGGCCUUGGCACCGGAAUGAUUCCGGUGACGCGACAUGUUGACGGCCUGAACAUCAGAACACUUAUCGGCGACAACGAAGGCAUGGCUUUGAGAUCAGACAUCAAGGGUGCAAUUCAGACUCUCGCCUUGAGCCGCAACGGUUCUGAUUCGGUUAUUGUGCCGACCUGUCCAACAGGAAACUGCACUUUCAUCGGUCUUGGCUCAAACACGUCCGUCAAAACUGGGUUAAGCAUUACUCAUGCUUCCACCGGCAUUUGCAAUAUCUGCACUGAUAUUAGAGAAAUGAUCGAUCAUCGGGGCUUGAUCGAGAAUCUUCAGGCCAUUAAUCACAGCUUGGCAAACGGAAUUUCAAUCAUCAACACGGACAGAGAAGGAGGGAUGAGAGUUAUAUCAGGCGAUCUAUCGUGGACCAAUGGUACCAUACCGCCAGAGGCGCUCGAACGGGCUUCGAUCUCAUUUGCGAAUGUCACUGUCUUGACAAGCACGGCCCUUGACGGCAACAUCAAUGUAAACAAACCCAAACACGCCAUAGCCGUCACUUGCUCGCUUUACCCUUGUAUUCGGACAUACUCGGCCAUCAUCAGUCGAGGAGUGCUAUUCGAGACUCCCAUUACGAAGACGACCCCGAUGAGUUACGAUAUUCGUGAUAAGAAGUCUCCAGGGCCCAAACAAGCUUGGGAUCUGUCUGCAGUACAGCUGCCUUGCCUCAUCAAAGGGAAGGUAUAUACAGAAGGAAACCUUUCACAAGGCGCGGACCUCUCCAUGGUACGACACGUAAACGCCGGGAAUACUUCUGAUAUUGGCUCUGUAUUUCAGGCUCCCGAAGAGUGUAUCUACCGCAUUGACAACAAUUUCAAGCUUCUGAUGUCACAGUAUUUCUCAGAGGAAUUCUUCAAUGGCACUUGCAGUUGGGACUCCACACAGCCCAACUCGAUCAACUGUGGGAGUGCCAUCUGGCUUUCAAGGCUCUGGUCCCACGGAGAAUCAACACCUGCCAGCCUAAAGCAACUCUUCACGGACUUUGCGACUGCCUUGACCAACCAAAUGAGAUUGGGUAUGGGAAGAAAAGACAACACCACAUCGGUAGUCAACGGCGAAUCACUUCAACUCGUCACUUUUAUAGCCGUCAAACCAUGUUGGCUCAUCUUCCCUGCGAUACUACUCAUUCUUGAAAUCAUGGCCCUUUCAUGGAUGAUAAGUCUAACAGUUGUCUACCGAGAUGAAUUGGCUGUAUGGAAGGGCAGUAUACUACCACUUCUGUUCUAUAGAGAUUUCUUUUGGGGAAAUGCCGAUCGGGACAGCGCCUCGAAGAGGCUCUUGACAACAGAGGAGAUGGAGGAGCAGGCGGAUCAGAUCAGGGCCAACUUCUCUCGGAAUAUUUGGAAGAAUUGA